UUACCACUUUGACAGGUCACGUUACCUUUCAUGGCAUAUGCUGUUGUUUUGAACUACAGAACCGUUACCUAAAUUCGUGGAUAACCUUGAUUCGUGGAUCGCGGUAAUUAUCGUGAUAUCUCGUCACACAGCGGUACUUUUGAUGUACACACACUGCCACGCCUUGGUGACAAAAAUGUUCCGAAUCGCUGCAUUACACGGUUCACCGACGCCUUCGCGACAGGGAUACAAAAGUUAUUCGCCUACAGCUUUGACUAAUGCUUACUUGGAAGUCAAAAACAAUAAAGUUGCAGUUCAUAGAGCGGCAUUAAACUUCUCUGUACCCGAGCAAACACUGAGAGACAGGAUAAAAGGCAAGAUCAAUGUUGACACUGUCAUGUCAGGUGCAACUCCAAUUUUUUAUGCGGAGCAGGAAACUAGACUUGUUGACCAUGUAACAUACAUGGCAUCCAUCGGAUACGGAUAUACCAGGAAAGAGGUUGUCCAAUUAGGGUCUAACUUUGCUUGUCAGUUAGGAAAACGUGACCUGUCCCAUCCAUUAUCUGUCAAGUGGUUAUAUGGUCUGUUGGAGCGAUGGCCGGAGUUGAAAGUUAGAAGUGCCAAGUCUCUCACGGAACUUCGUGCCAAAGCUAGUUCAGAGGAAUGCAUAAACAAAUAUUUUGAUGAACUUGCCAUAAUUAUGGACAAAUACGGUUUCCAAUCAAGACCAGAAGCAAUUGAUAACGUAGACGAGAAAGGAAUCAACCAGUCCCAUGUAGCACCGAAAAUUGUUGGCUCAAGAAAUUCCGAGGCCUACGAGAUUUCUUCGGAGAGAUCGUCUGUCGUCACACUUUUGGGAUGUGGAAAUGCUCUGGGCACAUUUAUUCCACCUUUCUUUGUAUUUCCGGGUGCUAGAAUGCGCAGUGAAUUGCUUGAAGGCUGUACAGCGGGAAAUGACGGAACUGUUUCUGAAUCGGGAUGGUCAAAUGUUGUUAUAUUCCAAGAUUUUUUGGACAGGCAUUUCCUUCCAUAUGCAACUCCAGCAACGCCGAAUAGACCUUUGCUUCUUCUGUACGAUGGCCACAAGUCGCACAAUUCUCCAUCUCUGAUAGACUGGGCAAAAGAUCACAAUAUUGUGUUGUUUGUCCUCCCGGCUCACACAAUAUUUUGCAGCCAAUGGACUAGGGAUGUUUCGGUCCGUUUACAAAAAUCUACAAUGCCGAAGGUCACAAGCUGUUGAAGUCUGAUGGUCCUCCCGGCUCACACAAGUCAUAUUUUGCAGCCAAUGGACGUGGGAUGUUUCGGUCCGUUUACAAAAAUCUACAAUGCCGAAGGUCACAAGCUGUUGAAGUCUGAUGGUACCACAGUCAACAGAUAUAACAUCGCCUCCCUAGCCUGCAGGGCAUAUUCUGCUGCUUUAACGCCUGGUCACUUGCAGUCGGCAUUCAGAAGGUCUGGAAUCUAUCCCUUAUGGCCAGAUAUGAUUGAUAAAUCUGCAUUCCAACCAGCUGCUUUUAUCCACGCAUCACACGUUGAAGACAAGUCGCAGCAAGUACCAGCUACUGACGACGUACACAGCCCACGUUCCAACCCUAACGUUGAGAAGGAAAAUCUCGUCACUAACUUUGACCAAACCCAAUUCUUUGUUGACCAGCUUCCCGUCAUUCAGAAGAA